CAUUCUGCGCACGCGCUGUCCACGCAUCUGAGGAAGUGGCGACAAAGCAACAACAAUCUGACUAAAAGUAAAGUGUUAUUGUUGUUAUUUGUUAAUAAUUAGGCUAACGAGCCAGCUGCACUCAUGUUAGAUCGUAUCGAUAAGAGAAUGUCUGCUUCAGCGCUGAUUUAGUGUCAGAACGGUGUCCGUUCGCUGCUAACUUUAAGCUAACAGUAACGAUCAGCUGUUGUUUUGGUUGGAGGAAGCUGUCUUGACGAGCCCAACUGUAUAACACCACAAAUGCGACGAGACAGGAUACUCCAGAGCAGUUUUACAACAUUAUUUAUUUAACACAGACACUCCGAAGUGAUCGUUGGGGGGGAAAGGUUGUGAAUGAUCUGUUGGUAAUUGAAUCCACAAGAGUGGCUUCAAGAUGCACGACGCCUAUGAGUCGGUGCCUAUUUUAGAAAAGCUUCCUCUUCAGAUCGACUGCCUCGCUGGCUGGGAGGACUGGCUGCUGGUCGGCACUAAGCCAGGACAUCUCCUCCUCUACAGAAUAAAGAAGGAUGCAGGCUCCAACCGGUUUGAAGUGACUUUAGAAAAGUCCAACAAGAACUUUUCAAAGAAGAUUCAGCAGCUUUAUGUCGUCUCACAGUACAAAAUUCUGGUCAGCCUUCUUGAGAACAACAUCCAUGUCCACGACCUCCUGACUUUUCAGCAGAUCACUGUGGUGAAUAAAGCCAAAGGAGCCACUCUGUUUGAGUGUGACCUGCAGCAGACCAGUCCAGGAGAGGAGAGGCUCAGGAUGUGUGUGGCUGUGAAGAAGAAACUGCAGCUGUAUUACUGGAAGGAUCGAGAGUUCCACGAGUUGCAGAGCGACCUGGGUGUCCCAGAUAUCCCGAGGUCCAUGGCCUGGUGUGAAAACUCCAUUUGUGUUGGUUUCAAACGAGACUAUUACCUGAUCCGGAUGGACGGUCGCGGCUCCAUCAAAGAGCUCUUUCCCACUGGGAAGCAGCUGGAGCCUCUGGUUACCCCACUGGCUGAUGGGAAGGUCGCUGUUGGGCAGGAUGACCUCACCGUGGUUCUUAAUGAAGAAGGAGUUUGUACCCAGAAGUGUGCCCUGAACUGGACAGAUAUACCCAUCGCCAUGGAGCACCAGCCUCCCUACAUCAUUGCAGUUCUUCCUCGGUACGUGGAGAUCCGGACCAUUGAGCCGAGGCUGCUGGUGCAGAGCGUGGAGCUGCAGAGACCACGCUUCAUCACCUCAGCAGGGUCUGAUAUUGUGUACAUAGCCAGUAACCACUUUGUGUGGCGCCUGGUGCCGGUAUCGAUAGCCACCCAGAUCCGACAGCUUCUUCAGGACAAGCAGUUUGAGCUGGCUCUCCAGCUGGCGAUGAAGGAUGAUUCAGACGGCGAUAAGAAGCAGCAGAUUCAUCACAUCCAGAAUCUCUAUGCCUUUAAUCUGUUUUGCCAGAAGAAAUUUGAUGACUCCAUGCAGGGGUUUGCAAAACUCGGUACAGAUCCCACACAUGUGAUCGGCCUUUACCCAGACCUACUCCCUUCAGACUACCGUAAACAGCUGCACUACCCCAACCCGCUCCCCACGCUGUCGGGGGCCGAACUUGAGAGGGCUCACCUCGCUCUCAUCGAUUACCUCACACAGAAACGCAGCCACCUUGUCAAACAGCUCAAUGACUCCGACCCGUCCACCACAUCUCCUCUUAUGGAGGGAACGCCCACCAUCAAAAGUCGCCGGAAGCUUCUGCAGAUCAUCGAUACCACUCUGCUGAAAUGUUACCUGCACACCAACGUGGCCCUGGUCUCCCCCCUCCUGCGUUUGGAGAACAACCACUGCCACAUCGAGGAGAGCGAGUACGUUCUGAAGAAAGCCCACAAGUACAGCGAGCUGAUUAUUCUGUAUGAGAAGAAGGGCCUUCACCAGAAAGCUCUGCAGGUUCUGCUGGACCAGUCCACCAAGGCCAACUCUCCUCUGAAGGGUCAUGAGCGAACUGUUCAGUACCUGCAGAGGCUGGGAGCGGAGAAUCUGGGAAUCAUCUUUGAGUUUUCUCCCUGGGUCUUAAAGAUGUGUCCUGAAGAUGGCUUGAAGAUCUUCACUGAAGAUCUGACCGAGGUGGAGACUUUGCCCAGAGACAAGGUGCUGCAGUUCCUGAAGGAGGGCUUCGAGGAGCUGGCCAUCCCGUAUCUGGAGCACAUCAUCUACGUGUGGGAUGAGAAGGGCCCAGAAUUCCACAACGUGCUGAUUCAGCUGUACCUGGGCAGGGUGCAGCGGCUCAUGAAGCAGUACCUCAACUCUCUACCAGAAGGGGUUCCUGCUGUUCCUGCAGGUCAAGAGAAUGGAGAACUGGGAGAGUUCAGAAACAAGCUGCUGUCGUUCCUGGAUAUCUCCUGCAGCUAUGAACCUUCCAGACUCAUCAGUGAUUUUCCAUUUGAUGGGUUGCUGGAGGAACGAGCUCUCCUUCUGGGUCGUAUGGGUAAACACGAGCAGGCGCUCUUCAUCUACGUCCACGUCCUGAAAGACACACACAUGGCUGAGGAAUACUGUCACCGACAUUAUAACAGCUCAGUUGAAGGAAGUAAGGAUGUGUACCUGUCACUCCUACGGAUGUACCUGUCGCCUCCUGAUGCCCACUGCCUGGGACCCAUCAAGAUGGAGCUCUCAGAGCCUCAGGCCAACCUUCAGGCCGCCCUGCAGGUCCUGGAGCUCCACCACAGCAAGCUCAACACCACCAAGGCCAUCAACCUGCUUCCAGCCAACACUCAGAUCCAAGAGAUCCGGGUCUUCCUGGAGAGCGUCCUGGAGCAGAAGGCUCAGAGGAAACGCUGCAACCAGGUUCUGAAGAGUCUGCUGCAGGCCGAGUUCCUAAGAGUGCAGGAGGAACGGAUCUUCCACCAGCAGGUUAAAUGUGUCAUUACAGAAGAAAAGACCUGCAGAGUCUGUAAGAAGAAAAUAGGAAACAGUGCGUUUGCUAGGUAUCCCAACGGUGUGGUGGUUCAUUAUUUCUGCUGUAAAGACCGGAGCAUGUGUCCCACCGAGCAGUAGAACCCACUCCUCACUCGGACCGAGACUUUUCCUCUCUGGGCUACAGAGAUAAAGAUGAAGGACAGCGGCCUUCAGAGCCGGACCGUGGAUCCAGGCCUCCUUGUAGGAAUUCUUAACCUGACAUAACCGUUGUUCUUAGAGCGGAGGCUGAGGUUCUCGUUCUGUGCCCAUGAGCAAACAGGAGGAAUGUUCCGAAACGCUCAACAGGACAGGAAUAAAGAGGUGAAUUGUUACAUUGGAUGUGUGUUACUCUAACACAGACAGGAUUAGCUGCCCCACAGGGGAAGGAGCUGGUCGCUACGGAUGUUUGUUUGCUUGAUCGCCCUCGCUGCCUCCCUCUCCUCCCUCCUGUAACACUCUGUAAACAUCAGAACUCCCCAACGGACAUGUUGGGUCAGAGGUCACUCAUGGCACCCCUGAUGUUUCUGUGUAAACAGCCAACGAUCUGGCCCUUAUUACUGUUUGUAUUUAUCAGACUACACCCACCAUCGUGAUGCUGUUUACAUCUGGGUUUGAUUUCUUCUGUCUGAUACUUUUAUUUGAAUGCUAAUAAUAAUCAUCACUGAAAAUCACAAA